AUUCAAACAAAAUAACAAAGUUUGCCGCAUUCGCCGUCUCUGUCCGAUUCCCCGAUCCCUGUUUGUAUAGAUCUACAUUGAAUUUCAUUUUGAGAUGGAGUGCCGUACACUGAAUGAAUUGAAAACACACUUUGAGAUCAAGCUCACCAGUCUUGCAACAUGCAUGGAUCUGGUUUCUAUUGCUUCCGAACCUUAUGGGGUGAGAUCAGAAUGCCAUGAGCAGCUAAUCAUGAUGGAAAGAGAUCUGUGCGAUGCAGAAUCAUCCGUGGCUAGCAUCAGAGAGUGGGUCAAAGAACAGCAGAAAAAGUUGGAAGAAGCUCAGAUAUUACAUGAGAACCUGAAAGAGUUGAACAGUCGCCUGUCUCACAUGAACCACAAUCUUCCAGAGAGGCUCCCAGCUCAUCAUAAACAUGUACAGAGACAACCAAGCAGUCAAGAAAACCACCUACCUCUCCAAUCCAAACCUGUUAGCGAGAAUACAGACCAAAACACAAGACAAGGAAGCAUGACGUCAAAGAGGCCUGCAAAGCCUCCGCCAGCUCCUCUUAUGGAUUACAUCACCGUGCCUGAAUUCAAAGAUGUUCCAAAAUACAUGAAAGGACGUAUGACGUAUGAUAACAUCAACGGAGCAGUGGAUGGCUUCAACGCAGCCAUGGAGACCAAGUACAGAUUGAUGAAGCGCCCCCGCUCUGGACUCAACGACAGGGACAGAAAACAGUACCAGAAAUACAAGGAACAAGAGAACAAAGAUACAAAAGGAACAUUCUUCGUGACAGAGGAUGACCUUCGAAGACACGGUAGCCUCAAGAUGGAUUCAUCGGCUCGAGCAGCGCUGACCAUCCUGAGGCAUUGCGGGAGAAUGAGAGAAAUACGAGGUGGUGGACUAACCAGAUACACAGUUAUUCAUUGAUGCAGCAUGGAUGAAAUUCUCUAACUUUAUUUACACUGGU